AUGGCUUCUGAUGAGACAAUGGAUGAUUCCCAGGGGGCAGACGAUGUCCGUCCUACAGAUAAACAGCCUAUUGAUAUCGAGAGUGUGAAGCGCAAGAAGUUCAAGACCGAUGACCUUCCCUUGUCUGCCGCGCAGCAUGCAGUCAUUGACAAGCUCCUACAUUCAUUCAAGAAGAAAGGUGGCUUUGAUAGUGUUCGCAAACAGAUAUGGGCUGACUUCAAUGACGGGGAACUUCGAACCAAUUUUACCGACAAGUUGGUCGCACUUGCAGAGUCAGAGAUUGAUCGCGAGCCGGCGCUGUUGUCCCGCGAGAGAGGAAAAGCAGCGACACUCAUCGAGGGCGCGGUAGACCGUGGUGAUGUUUACAAAAGCGUGGAGGACUCCAUUGACCAAUUAGCGUCCAAACACCUAGAUUUUAUCCUCGAAAGUGUUCGCGAGAUCCGAUGCCAGGAUGUUGGAGAGGAAGUAGCCGCCCGUGAACUCGAGCUAGGGAACAAAACCGAUGCAGAUUACGAAGCCUACGUCAGCGCCCUGCGAGAGGAGCGGGAAAAAGUGUGGCGUGAAGAGGAGCGCAAACAAAGGGAAAUCGAGGAGGAGGAAAAACGCAUCAGGGAUGAAGAACGCAAAAAGAAGCGCGAACUUGAACGUCAGAAAGACGAUGAAGACCGGGCCCGGAGAAAGGAAAUUGAUGAACAGCGGCGAGCUGAUCGUGAGCGCCAACGCGAAGAGCAACGAAUUAUCGACGAGCAGCGAGAACGAGAGCGGGAUGAAAGAUAUGAGCGACGAAGACGAGAAGAUAGGGAGCGAUAUCGAGGGUGGGACCGCGACCGCAGUCGAACUCGAGAUAGAGACCGUUUCCGUGAUCGCUCUCCGGCCUAUCGCUCUGACCGUGGUUUAUCCCCUUGGCCACGGGAUUCAAAACACGACAAGUCAUCUACGUCUAAUGCUCCCACUCCUGUGCUGCCGCCCCUUGUGGAUGAGAAGUCACUUGAAGAGGCUGCUUUGCAAAUGCUUUUGAAAGAAGGCGAAGAACUUGCAGCCAAGGCUCGACAGAAGCCCGAGUUUGACUUUGAAGAGGCCGAGGCUAUCGAAAACGGACUGAAACCGCCAGGAUCAACAUUAGGGCCGGCCAAGAGCGCCAAUGAUUCCAGAUUCUCCAAUACGUCUACCAGGGCAGUUAGUGUAUCCCGAGAUACUGACGCAAGGCGUGGUUCAUUUGCAGACCGUGGUGAUCGCACCCGACAUUUGACACGGGAUCGAAGCCGUAGUCGUUCGCGUCGACGGCGCACAUCCCGUUAUGAUACAGACCGUCGACGCCAACGGUCCCGGGAGGCUUCUGUGAGCGAGGUGGUGGAAGCUACAGGCCAAGCCGUCGCAGCCGCAGUCGAUCCACCGGCCGGCGUGACCGGGACCGCAGCGUUGGCCGAGAUAGAGAUAGAAUUCGGGAUCGAUCGCGGUCCAGAGACCGCAGCCGCAACCGCGACCGAGAUCAUGACAACUAUCGUCCUCGGCGCAGUCGGCCCUCUCGCUCACCCGUACGCCGACGUUCUCGCAGCCGCUCACGCUCACGUCCUCGUGCUCGCGACCGCCCUCGGUCACGAUCUCGAUCUACUCGACGACGGUCUCGCAACCGGAGCAAGUCACCACGCCGCCGGGUCCGAUCUCCAGAGCGAGAGCGAGAUCGAGAACCCCGACCCCGUCGCCGAAGGAGCCCUAGUCGCCGAAGGAGCCCUAGCCGACGAAGGAGCCCUAGCCGACGAAGAAGCCCAAGUCGACGGCGAAGUCGAAGUCGCAGAAGAAACCGGAGCCGAUGAUUUGCAGGUAAUCCUCCAAAAGUCUCUGCGGCUCCCAGCAAACCACAUACUUCCGAACACCCAAAACAUGUCCAAAGCAACGACAAGAUCUGAGGCUGCUGGAAGCAAUCCCUCUUUACAAUCCCUCAACCUAACAGACCGCACCGCAUCCCAUAGACAGCGCGCCAGAUCUGUUCAAUUAUCCGACUCCGAUCCAACCUCUUCCUCGGGCUCAUCUUCGGAUGAUGACAGCGAGAGUGAAGGUGAAGACGAACAACAUUCAGACCAAGAAAUGAAUCAUCCCGGAGAUUCGAGCACCAAUGCUCACUCCUCUGAUCCCUCCUCUUCACUACCUCACAUCGCUGGCCGCCCGAAACCGCGCAUACAUCGCAUGAAAGCUGAUUCGGAAAUUUUGUCGCGGCUCAACGCUUUCUUGCCGAAGAUGAAGGAUGCAAAUGAGGAUUUGCAGAGGCAGAUUGAAGCUGGAAAGGCUGGGGAUCUGGUUCUCGAUAAUGCAGAUGAAAAUGGGGAGCAGUAUAUUGAAAUGGAUCUUGGUCUUGGGGUUCUAGAAGAGAAACGCGAUGGUGAUUCUUCGAGUGAUGAGGAGAGUGAUAGCGAAGAGUCUAAGGGUGCCACUAGGGCUGGGAAGACCCCCCAGGAGGUGAACGACUCAGAUAUCAUUGGGAAGCUUAUGGGAGGCAAGAAUAAGAAGUCGCAUACCGAUAAGCCAUCAAUCGAGGAGAUGGCUCAGUAA